AUGUCUGGUGCUACAGUGGUCAUUGGUAACGCUUCCCUGUCGGGCGGACCAAGUGAUCGCCGCGGGACUACUCCCCAGAAUUUCUCCCAGGACGAGAAUUCAAACACGUUUGAGGAGCCCAUGGCUUACGAGUCUAAGGACGCCGCGGCUGCCCGUUCCUUCAAGCAAGCCGUGAGCGCCCUCGAGGCACCCAACAUGGGAAACCAGAACAACUUCAAGCAACACUCCAUACUGCAGCAACGAACCGAUGCGCAGAAGGCCGCUAAGGACGCGACUAUGUAUUCGCGGGGGUUUGAUAACCAAGCUGCGUGUAACUCUCUUCCCAUUACGCCGGCCGUUGAAUCCUUUUCCGCCUCGGGUGUGUCAGGAACUCGAUCGGCAAGCGCCACCCCUACCGAUAACCAGGCGGCCACUGAGGAGCUUCUGCGACUCAAGAUCGAACUUGCCCAAGCUCAGACCAAGAUCUCUCAGAUGGAUCAGGAGCUGGCACAGAAUCGCGUCAAGACAACUGGGGAGUUUGUCAACCCUGCGUUGGCACCCGAGCGUGAUUACGCGUCUACGAUGCGUUCUUCGGACUCGCCAGUUGGCACUCCCUCCGAUAUGGCGCACAACUCGUCGAGCAAGGUGCCGUCGUUUUCCCGCGAGGGUAGUUGGAUGACUCAAGACGAUACUUCUUCUAACAUCGGUGACUCGCUGCCGGUGGCCGUCAUGAACCGUCCUCGGGGUAUCUGGAAUAACGGCAACGGCAACACGAAGUCAGAACCCAACGAUUCAUACUUCCAGGGCCAGAUGAUGAUGGAUGGAACUCAGCCAGCCCCGUGGCCCGGCCACCGCGGUCCUAAUUACGACUCCGCAUUCCCAUCUUCCGGUAUGGACAUGUAUCGGCAAGAUCGCAUGGUCCCUGACCAUGAUGCGAUGAGACCAAUGGGACGCCGGGGAAACCGGUAUGAGAAUCGGUACGGUUCGUCGAGCCAUUUAGGUUGUGGCUUUAAUGGUUACAACAUGGGCCCCGCGCCCUACGACAUGGCGCAGGGUUAUUCGGCCGGUCCGCAAGCAAUGAUGGGAAAUGGUCUGGGAAUGGCGCCUUACUCUUACCAACAGCAGCAACAGGCCGGAACCUCCCUUUCUCCCCACGCCACUGAGUUUACCUCAUCAACCGGUCCGUCUUGGAAAGGCGAGACUUUGACUGCAGAUGGCCAGACAUACGUAUCGCCGACCACAGAACCCUUGAACUACCGCCGCCUGCUUGACCGCAACGUCACCUGCGAUUGGAAGUACAUUGUUGACAAGAUUGUUUGCAACAAUGACCAACAGGCUUCCAUCUUCUUGCAGCAGAAACUCAAGGUUGGGACUCCGGAGCAGAAGUAUGACAUCGUCGAAGCCAUUGUGGCUCAGGCCUAUCCUCUGAUGGUUAACCGUUUCGGUAACUUUCUGGUCCAACGCUGCUUCGAGCACGGCACACCCGAGCAAGUCAUCAAAAUUGCGCAGGCCAUCCGCGGCAAUACCCUCAAUCUCUCGAUGGAUCCUUUUGGCUGCCAUGUAGUGCAGAAGGCGUUCGACUCGGUCCCGGAGGACUACAAGGCGAUCAUGGUUCAUGAGCUGCUGCGACGGAUCCCGGAGACGGUUAUUCACCGCUACGCUUGUCAUGUUUGGCAGAAGCUGUUUGAGUUGCGUUGGAUUGAGUCGCCCCCGCAGAUUAUGAAGUAUGUGAACGAAGCCUUGCGCGGCAUGUGGCAUGAGGUUGCUCUCGGCGAGACGGGGAGCCUGGUUGUUCAGAACAUAUUUGAGAAUUGUCUGGAGGAGGACAAGCGUCCUUGUAUUGAGGAGGUACUCGCCAACAUUGACAUCGUUGCCCACGGCCAAUUUGGCAACUGGUGUAUCCAGCACGUGUGUGAACAUGGUGCGCCGGCAGAUCGUAGCCGCGCCAUUGACCACGUCAUCCGCUACGCCGCCGAGUACAGCAUGGACCAGUUUGCUUCCAAGGUGGUUGAGAAGUGUUUGAAAAUCGGCGGACCAGAUUUUCUGGGUCGCUACCUAGACCGCGUCUGCGAAGGUCGCAUCGAUCGGCCCCGGAUUCCACUCAUUGAUAUUGCCAGCGACCAGUACGGCAACUAUCUCAUCCAGUACAUCCUGACACACGCCGCCCCCCAGCACCGCGAGCUGGUUGCCGCUCACAUCCGCAAGCACAUGGUAUCCCUCCGUGGAUCCAAGUUUGGCUCUCGUGUCGGUAUGCUCUGCACCAACCACGCGGUCGCCACCCGCCCGGGCCCCGCCGUAGGCCCGAUGCCGGGCCGGAUGGCGAGCAGCGCCCGUUACGGCAGCGGCUUCCGAUGA